AUGUUAAAUAUUGGAAUACAUUUCAUUGAUGAAAUUAGAAGAGUGAAUUGUAACGUAUUACCAGUAAUGUACUCUGACAUUUUUUAUAAUAAAAUUAAAAAAGAAGAUUCAAUAGUUAUUAAAAGUUUGAAUUUGAUUUUUAAAGAUUUGGUAAUUGAAAGAGUGUUAAUAAAAGAAGUUAGUGAAGACAAUAAAAUUGUGGGAGGUAUUAUAGGGAUGAAAGAAAAAGACAAAUAUAUUUUAAUGACAUUAGCAAUUUAUACUAAGUUUCAAGGAAAAGGAUAUGGGAGUAAACUUGUUGAGUUUUUUAUUCAAAAAGUUAAAGAAAAAGGUAUAAGAAAGAUUGAAGUUCAGGUUCAUAUUGAUAAUAAACAUGCAAUUGAGUUCUAUACUAAAUUUGGAUUUAAAAGGAUAAAAACUAUUCCAAAGGCUUAUCCUCGACUAUCUCAUCCAAGUGGAUAUCUUUAUGAAUUAAUAAUAAAUACAAUGUAA